UGCUCCGAAGUGUAUAUUUGUUUAGGUAAAUGGUAUUUGUUACAGGUGAGAGACUGGUGGAGGAACGUCUCCGCAGCAUUCUGGAGCACAGACUUCUGGCUUCCCGAUGGAAUAACAUGGCAGGAUGUCCAUACGUCAGCUGGUGACGUAUGGCUCUACCCUAUACUGUUCUGUUUCAUGUUCCUGUCGCUGCGAUACUGUUUCAUUGAGCCCUUCGUACUGGUACCACUGGCCAGGUCGAGGGGAAUACAGAACACACGACCAACGCCACCAAGGACCAACGCUCUCUUGGAGACAAUCUAUGGACAGCAUCAGACAAGAGCACCGAAGGUGGUGGUGUCGUGGGCAUGUAGGUCGACGGGCCAGACAGUGCGGCAGGUGGAGAGGUGGCUGCGUCGUAAACACGCGCUCACUUACCCCAACAACCACCAUAAGUUCCUCGACUGUGGGUUCAAGCUUCUGUGUCACACUGGCUUUGGCAUUCUUGGAGCAGCCGUGACGCUGCCCAAGCCCUGGCUGUGGGACACCAGUCUGUGCUGGAAGGACUUCCCGAAUCACGAAGUCACAUCCGACGUCUUCUGGUAUUAUAUGAUUAUCCUCGGCUACUACUGGGCCAUCACCCUCGUAGAACUACCCCAGCCUGGGAGCCAAGACUCAAACAAGUCUCAGAUGAUCCUCCAUCACACUCUCACUAUCCUUCUCAUUGUGUUUUCUUGGACCUGCGGCUUCAUUAGAAUAGGAAUUCUUAUUUUAUUCAUCCAUGAAUAUUCGGACAUAGCUCUGCUGGCAGCCAAGAUGUGUAAAUACGCAAAGUACGAUGCAGUGUGUGAACAGCUGUUCGUGGCCUUCCUGGUGCUCUGGAUCCUCACCCGCUGCUGCGUCCUGCCAUUCUGGAUUGCUCGCUCCGUUUUCUUCGAGUCCACAGAGUGGCAGGUGAUGCCGGCCAUAUAUGUGUUUCAGUUUUGGUUCGGUAGUUUGCUACUGCUGACGGGCAUGUGGACGGUGCUGGUGGUGAAGACGAUGGUGCGCAAGAUCAGUGGCGGAGGCCUUCACGACGUCCGGUCCUCCUCAGAGCAGUCUGACAUUGCCAGUGAAGACGACAAGAAGACCAAUUAAUAAAUAUUACGUUGUGAAUGUAAAAAAAAUACAAUAUUUCAUGCAAGAUCUAAUUAUGUGGUUACUGCAAGCAGCAUAAGUACGAAUGAUCGUAAUCAAUUCCCAAGUUAAUUUGGAUAUAUCUAUGACAUGCCCUUCAAAUGUUGUAUCAAUAAUACACUCAGAACAACAGCCGGCAACCAUGCUGAGAUGCCAACCUCAAGUAUUGUAUAUAAGAAAGCUGCUCAAGUGAUGUCAGCUGUAGUUUGGAAUUGUUCGAAUUUUAUAGUUUGGAACAGUUUGGAAAUUUUCUAUAAAAUAAAAUAGUUACUCAACUGUUUUGCAAGUGUGUGUGUGUCUGCCUGGGUAUGGUGGAGGUGGGGGAGGAGUGGUGGCUGUAUUUAACUUAUCUGUUCUAUCGGGCAACGGACGAAAUCUAAACAUCAUAUAUAUUCUGUUGAUUUUCCUGAUAUCAAUGCAUAAUAUUGCACAGUA